AUGUCGGGCCAAUUCAGACAAAGCGCUGGAGGCGCUUCAAUCCCAUCGAGGUCAAGAGUGACUUCAUUUCGCGCCUCGCUACAGAAAGCGAACCAACCAUCCUAUAAUAUCUUCGGCGGUCCCGAAGAAGCACGAACAACGUCUAAUCAUGCUAGGCCUACUUCGCGACAGAGCCAUGCGGGCGCCGAGUCUCUACGCGCGUCGUCGCAUGAGAGCUCUAAGGAGAAUCUUGCGCCACCCGAUGCCGAGGAGUACGAGACCCAACGAAGAAAAAUAGAGGAGCUCAAGGCCGAUCUCGCCGCAAUGCGCUUUAAGGUUGAGAAUUACGAACAAGAGAAGGAGAUGAUUGCGCUGCAACAUGAUAAUGAGCUGCGGGAUGUGCGUCGGAAAGCCGAGGACGACUUCAAGCAAAGACAGGCCGCCGAAGGGGAUAAGAAUAAGGCACAACGACUCUACGAAAGCGCACAGACAGAGCUACAGGAGCUGAAAGAGAGUUCUGCAGGCGAAAAGCUCGAAGUAGAGAAGAAAGUCCGCGAUGCUGAGGAUGAGGUGCGCCUAUUGAGAGAGCAAUUGGAAGAUCUGUCAGCCGCGAAAGAAGAGGGAGAGAGGAUGACCCAAAAGCGAGUUAACGACAUGGAGACACAACUAAAAAAUCUUCGAGCGACUAUCCAAUCACUAGAGCAAGACAAUCAGACUCGCGAAACUUCGAUGCAUACUAUUCAGCAACAGCUUGCGGAUAAAGAUAAGCUUAUUGGCGGUCUGGAGGCUGAUGUUUUACGACUUAAAGCGCAAACGGGCGAUGCCGAGACCAUUGCCAUUAUUCGUCGUGAACUUACUGAACAAGUUCAACAUAUUAGAUCACUCGAGUCGAAGAACGCGAAGCAACACGCUGAAUUGACACAUCUGCGCCAGAUACAUAAGGCUGUGGAGGUUGUGGAAGAGGAGAAGCGAUCGCUUCAACGAAGGCUUGAGACCGCCGAAGCUCUGGAACCCGAACUCAAUGAAGCACGGCUUCAGAGACAACGGCUAGAAGACGAACGAUUGGCUUGGACCGCAUAUCUUCAGAAUGCUAGCGUAGACAGUGGGGCUAUGGAAUUUGAUUCUCCUCAAGAGGUUGCGCGUGCACUAGUGGAGGAAAGAUAUAACUCGGCUUCUCUUGUUGAAAGACUUGGCGAGAUGCAACCCCAGAUCGCGGAGCGUGACGAAAUUAUUAAAGCUCUCGAAGGCGAGAAAAAGACUUGGACUGCUCAAAUCGAAAAGUUGAAGACUGCUGGUGCCCCUGUAUCAGCAACCAAGGCACAAGCUCGAAUAGAGCGUCAGCGAGCUCUUGCUAUCAAGGAAGUUGAAUAUCUGCGUGCCCAGCUUAAAGCCUUCGACGCAGAAGAUGAAACUUUCAACUCUGAGAAUUUCGAUCAGAGCAAAGUUGACCGGGUUGCCGAGCUUGAACAACUCGUCGACAAAUAUAAGGAGGAGGUUCAGUCUCUACAUAAGGAACUAUCCACUGCGGAAUCUUCCACUGGUGCUGGACUACCUGCUCUUGGCUCUAAGCGAGGCCGAUCUGAUGAAUCAGAAAGCGAGCAACUCGGCGAAUUAAAUCGAAAACGUCGUAUGCUAGCCGAUGAGCUCUCGAAAGUACAGACCCACUAUCAAGUUCUACAGAAGGAACAUGAAGUUCUUCAAUCCCGCCUCACCGCUGCCGAAUCUGCGAAUAAGACGCGUAUACUAUCACUGCGGUCGAACCCUACCUCUGAUUUCGAAGCGAUUAAGGUGUCCACACUUCAAGCCCUUAAACAAGAAAACAAGGAGUUGCUAGCACAACUCCAAAAAGAAGCCCGACGUAACCCCAACCCGAAUAUCGCCUUGAUACCAGCGUCGCAGUUAGCAGCCGCGCGCCGCGAGAUCGAAGAAGCGCAGCGGGAAACAGCGUCCGCCCAAAAGACAACGAGACGUCUGAAGGAGGUCUGGGCAGCUAAAUCUCAAGAGUUCAAGGAAGCCAUAUUUAGUACCCUGGGAUGGACUGUAACAUUCAUCCCCAAUGGUAAGAUGCGUGUCGAGAGUUUGUUUUGCCCCAGCAACUCCGAUGAGCAGGAGAACAGCAUCGUGUUUGACGGCGAGCGCGGCACGAUGAAGGUGGCUGGAGGCCCGCAGAGUCAGUUUGCUAGACGCAUACAAGAUCAGAUACAAUUCUGGGUUCGUGACAAGGGUUGCAUACCCGGGUUCCUAGCCGCGCUUACACUGGAGUUCUAUGAGGAGCAUACUAGGGCCGUUGGUCGAUGA